GGAGCGAAGCUGGGCGUAGUGAGUGUUGGGGGACCCGGUGGAGGGGCUACUGGAGAUCGGGCCCGCUGAGGGCCGAGGCUGGGGGCGCUGCGGCCCUUCCCUGCCGGCGGUGCUGCCGUUCGGAGCCGGGCGGCCGCCGAGGGUCCCGGCGAGGGGUGCGGGUCGCGCAGCUGUCCUCCCGGAAGCCGCCGGCAGGGCGGUGGGCGCUGAGUUGAGUGGAUAUUUUUGGAAUCCGAAAAACACAAAAUGGCUAGAAAUCAAACAAGCAUCCAAAAAAGCGCAUAGAUUCUUCACGUUCCUUUUUUUUUUAAUGAUCUUUUUACUUGUUGCCAAGAUGUCGGUACACACUGUGCAUAAUAGAUAUAACAGUGAUGUCCUUGAAGUUUCUUCUUCCCAGAAGAGUUUACAGAGUGUCCUCGAGCACAGCAGCCGACUUAAACUGCAUCUGAAGUCAAAUACGUUAGAGUGUGAAAAUGAUGACCCAUUAUUGAGAUCUGCAAGUAAAAUAAGAGACAUAAAUAGCACUUACGUUAUUUCUGCCUGUAAAAAAACAGGAGAUAUAUCUCUUACCCCUAACCCUGGUAGACUGACCCUUCAGAGAAGGACUACACGGAACAAAGACUCAUCUUUACUUGGUAGUGAGCUGGGAGACACAGCUGGAAAAACAGCAGAUACAAGUCUUACAUUACAACGCCGUCGUGCUAAAACAGAUUCUGUGGAAAAGUGGAAAACAACCCAAGGAGAUAUGCUUGAAACAACAAGUAAUGUGGGCGGUAACACAGAAAAUAAUUGUGCUUCUCAGGAAACCAGGACAAAUGUAAAGCUAAAUAAUAGAAACACUUCUGUUGCUGCUUCAGCAGUUUUAGACUCAAAUGAUGUUGGAAUGAUGGUUGAUGAGAAAUGCAAAGACACGUUUUCUGCCUUCAGUAGAGCCGAUGAACAUGGUGCAGUUAAGCACUCAAACAGUAGAGCACCUAUUGUCUCCCGGGGCCAGCCUGAAGUUGUUAGAUCAGGACAUUUCGUAGUCAAACCUACUGAGAGCAAGCUGGAUAUCAAAGUGUCAGGAGCAGGAAACUUACACCAUGGAAGUUUUGGGAAGGACGUGGCAAAAAAUUCAAAUAAAUUUGGAAACUUAGAAACAAGGACCCCUGUGAAGUGUGUAACAGAACACAAACUGACACUAAAGCAUGGCGUGCCUCAGCUUAAAAGCCCAGCCACAUCAACACUGAAAAAUAAGAUGCCUAGCCUUCAAGCCAAGCAAAGGUCAAAAAGUUCUCUUCUUGUGAAUAAAAGGGAAAAGCCACAAGGCGGUACACUCCCUCCAGAAGAAACUGCAGUUCAGGACACCUCCAUAGAAACAGACCCUUUAAAAAUAGAGAACAGUCAAGUAACAGUGGCUGUGCGUGUACGGCCUUUCAGCAAAAGAGAGAAGAUUGAGAAAGCAUCCCAAGUUGUCUUCAUGAGUGGGGAAGAAAUAACUGUGGAACAUCCUGAUAUGAAACAAGUUUACACUUUUAUUUAUGAUGUUUCAUUCUGGUCUUUUGAUGAUUGUCAUCCUCACUAUGCAAGCCAGACAACUGUGUAUGAGACACUAGCGGCACCACUGCUAGAAAGAGCAUUUGAAGGCUAUAACACCUGCCUCUUUGCUUAUGGUCAGACUGGCUCUGGAAAAUCAUACACGAUGAUGGGAUUUAAUGAAGAACCAGGAAUAAUUCCAAGAUUUUGUGAAGAUCUUUUUGCUCAAGUAGCCAAAAAACAAACCUCUGAGGUCAGCUACCAACUUGAAAUGAGCUUCUUUGAAGUCUAUAAUGAAAAAAUUCAUGACCUUCUGGUGUGUAAAGGUGAAAAUGGACAGAGAAAACAGCCACUGAGGGUACGGGAGCAUCCUGUUUCUGGACCGUAUGUUGAAGCACUGUCAAUGAAUGUUGUCAGUUCUUACUCUGAUAUUCAGAGUUGGCUGGAAUUGGGAAAUAAACAGAGAGCAACUUCUGCCACGGGCAUGAAUGAUAAAAGCUCCCGCUCGCAUUCUGUUUUGACACUAGUGAUGACCCAGACCAAGACAGAAUUUGUAGAAGGGGAAGAACAUGAUCACAGAAUAACUAGCCGCAUAAAUCUAAUCGAUCUGGCUGGCAGUGAACGCUGUUCUACAGCCGGCACGAGUGGACAUCGGCUGAAGGAAGGUGUGAGCAUCAACAAGUCCUUGCUGACUUUGGGGAAGGUUAUAUCUGCACUCUCUGAACAAACAAACCGAAAGAAGGUUUUUGUUCCAUAUCGUGAAUCUGUUCUUACAUGGCUAUUAAAAGAAAGCCUGGGUGGAAAUUCCAAAACGGCAAUGAUUGCUACCAUCAGCCCUGCUGCCAGCAACAUAGAGGAGACGUUAAGCACACUUCGAUAUGCCAGCCAAGCCCGCUUGAUAGUCAAUGUGGCUAAAGUGAAUGAAGAUAUGAAUGCUAAGUUAAUUAGAGAAUUGAAAGCAGAAAUUGAAAAGUUAAAAGCUGCUCAGAGAAACAAUUGUAAUAUUGACCCUGAACGGUAUAAGCUCUGUCGACAAGAAAUCACAUCUUUAAGAAUGAAGUUGCAUCAGCAGGAGAGAGACAUGGCAGAAAUACAAAGAAUAUGGAAAGAAAAGUUUGAACAAGCUGAAAGAAGAAAACGUCAAGAAACAAAGGAACUACAGAAAGCAGGAAUUACAUUUCAAAUGGACAACCAUUUGCCAAACCUUGUUAAUCUCAACGAAGAUCCACAGCUGUCAGAGAUGCUGUUGUACAUGAUAAAAGAAGGAACAACUACAGUUGGAAAGUACAACCCAAGCUCAAGCCAUGAUAUUCAGUUGUCUGGAGUGUUGAUUGCAGAUGAUCACUGUACUAUCAAAAAUUUUGGAGGGACAGUGAGUAUUAUCCCAGAUGGAGAAGCAAAGACAUAUGUAAAUGGAAAACAUAUUUUGGAGCCCACAAUGUUGCAUCAUGGUGAUCGGGUGAUUCUUGGUGGAGAUCAUUAUUUUAGAUUUAAUCAUCCAGUUGAAGUCCAGAAAGGAAGAAAACCAUCCAGUAGAAAUACUCUUACAAGUGAAGGUCCAAAAGACUUUGAAUUUGCCAAAAAUGAGUUACUUAUGGCACAGAGAUCACAACUUGAAGCAGAAAUAAAAGAGGCCCAGUUGAAAGCAAAGGAAGAAAUGAUGCAGGGAAUCCAAAUUGCAAAAGAAAUGGCUCAGCGGGAACUUUCUUCCCAAAAAACUGCAUAUGAAAGCAGAAUACAAGCGCUGGAAGCAGAGCUGAGAGAAGAGUCUCAAAGGAAGAAAAUGCAGGAAAUAAAUAACCAAAAAGCUAAUCACAAAAUUGAAGAAUUAGAAAAGGCAAAGCAGCAUCUUGAACAGGAAGUAUAUGUCAACAAAAAACGGCUGGAAAUGGAGACUCUGGCUGCAAAGCAGGCUUUAGAAGACCAUAGCAUCCGUCAUGCAAGAAUCCUAGAAGCUUUAGAACUUGAAAAGCAAAAAAUUGCUAAAGAAGUACAAAUUCUUCAGCAGAAUCGGGGAAAUAAGGAUAAAACUUUUACAAUUCAGCCAAAUUGGAGCUCCAUGAAACUCUCCAUGAUGAUCCAGGAAGCCAAUGCCAUCAGUGACAAAUUUAAAAAAUACUACGUUUUUGGCAGACAUGAUACAACAGACAAAGGUAGUUCUGACAUUUCUAUUCGGGUUCGCAACUUGAAACUUGGGAUUUCAACUUUCUGGAGUCUAGAAAAGUUUGAAUCUAAACUUGCAGCAAUGAAAGAACUUUAUGAGAGUAAUGGUGGUAACAGGGGUGAGGAUGUCUUUUGUGAUCCUGAAGAUGAAUGGGAACCAGACAUUACAAAUGCACCAGUUUCUUCACUUUCUAGAAGGAGGAGUAGAAGUUUAAUGAAGAACAGGAGAGUUUCUGGUUGUUUACAUGACAUACAGGUCCACCCAGUUCAGAACCUGCAUUCUUCACAGUCCUCGUCCUCAGGCUUAGUGGAGAAAUCAAGCACCAUUUACUCAAAUUCUGCAGAAUCAUUUCUUCCUGGAAUUUGCAAAGAAUUGAUUGGUUCAUCAAUAGAUUUUCUUGGACAGAGUUAUGAUGAAGAAAAGACUAUAGCAGAUAGCCUGAUAAGUAAUCUUCUUAAAAUUUACAACGGGCUGUUUGCCAUUUCGAAAGCUCAUGAAGAACAAGAUGAAGAAAGUCAAGAUAACCUGUUCUCUUCUGACCGAGCAGCACAGGUACUUACCAUCCAGACUGCUUGUGCUUUUGAGCAGCUUGUGGUUUUGCUUAAACACUGGCUGGAUGAUGUUCCUUCUGGUACCAACACAGCAAGGCUUGAAGAUGAAUCAAGACAAGAGGUUAAAAAACUGGGAGGCUACUUACAGUUAUUUUUGCAGGGAUGCUGUUCAGAUAUUUCAUCAAUGAUAAAGGAAGCUCAAAAGAAAGUCAUCCAAAUUAUACAACAAGCAGCCCAGUAUGUGGGACAGUUAGCAGUUCUGAAAGGAAGCAAACUCUGUUUUCUGGAAAACAGCAACAAGAUGGCCAGUGCCCAGCAGGAGUUCAUGGCUGCUCUUUGUGAAGGUGUGACCACAGGCAUGAAGAUUCUGUUAGAUUCUGGAUCAGAAAAAGCAAAAGAACUUCAGCAAGAACUCUUAAGGCAGUGUGCACAAAAUGAGGUUUCCAAGCAGAUGAAAGCUAAUGCUAUGGGAUUGGUCAGAGCUCUUGAAAACAUCUUUACUGAAUGGAAAAUACAAAGCUUCAGAACUCAAGUACAAGAAGAGUCUAGACACCAGGAUUCCAGGAAGAUGUUAAUUCUUGCCUCAGAAUUCUUGAAGUUGAAAUAUUGCUUAGAGAAAACCAUUCAGAUCAUUACUUCUACACUGAGAGGGUGCCCCAGUGAUGAACAUCUUCUCAAAAGUUAUACUGAAACUAUCUGCAACUUGGCUAGCAAGGUCCACAGUGACUUCAGUGAGCCCUCUGCUUCUGCUGGCAGCUGUGAGAGUAUACUCCCUCCUGUUAGUCUUGGGGAACUAGAAUCUCUAGCUAAGUCACUUCUGUUAUGCUUUGAAUGUAGAGAGAGACCUAGUUUGUUGAAUUGCUGGGAAACUUGUAAUCAAAAUAUUGUGGUAGAGGAGGAACAGUCUCAGUUGAGCAAGACUGACUGCAGUAAAGGUGUGCCAAAACGUGUCUUUGGAUUGCAUGGAGGCAUGUCCCCAACAAUGUGUUCACAGGGACGCACCCCUGAUAGGAUUCAAUGGGUGUGAAUACCAUUGCACAGGUACUUGGUGACCAUCCAUCACUAAAAAGAACACUUGACAGUUUUCUUUAUGCAAGAGAACUUAAAAUCAGUGUAAAUAUUUAGAGUCCAUGUGUAUUGAUGGUCUCACAUUGGGUGUGGACAGUAUAAGCAGUGUGGAAUCCUAGUUUCAAAAUGCCCCAGGGUACUCUCGGAAGCUUCUGAGCAGCCAAUUUUUAAACAAGGAAUUUACCAUGUUGGAACAUUGUAGCAUUAGAAUGAAAUUAAGAAAGCAGCCAAGCCAGGAGCUGUGUCUCUACUUUCUUGUUGCCUUGAGUUUUAAAUGCUUUCCUUUAAUACUGACUCACUGUCUCGACUUGGUUCAUUCCUCUCUUUGUAGAUGGUUGUUUUCUCAUGAAUGAAAAUCUAAACAGUUAUUUUGUGCCUGUGCCUUCUCUUUUCUGAGUAUAGUAUGCAGGAUGAGGUUUAUAGUAAAACUGCCAACAGUUUGACUAAGGCAGCUCACCUUGUGUUGCUAAAUCUUAAACUCUGCCAAAGGGUUAACCAGUUUGCCAUUUUGAAUAAUAUACAUGUUCAAGGUAUCAUUUAUUUAUUUCCAAACUAGAAGUAACUACUUGAAGAUAAUAUAAUUACAUAUUAACAUGACCAGCUAGCAUAAUACUUUACUAUGUAACCUGUGUUCCAUAAUGGGGACUAUAUUAAUAAAAUUUAAAACUAGUGAAAUGUGGCCAGAACUAUACUUGGAGAUCAGAGGCUGGUCCUUUUCUUAACAGUGGCUUGUUUUACUAAAACAUAAUGAGUUUGUAUAUUGUCUGAUGGGGAUUAAAAAUCCUUAUUAUAUCUCACCCUUCAUCUACAAUCAGGUAAUAAAGAUAAUGUUCCAUUUGUAGGAUCUUAUUUAAGAAAAUAGUUUAAUUUUAAUUUUUGACCUCAAGAAUAUGUGUAAUUUGAAGAUUCUUAACUUUGCCUGGGUAACUUGAGCCAAUUCCUGGAGAAUAAUUCCUUUGAAUAACCCAGUCCUUUCAUUGACCCUGGGUACAUUUGGGUAGCUAGGUCAGGUUGGCUGGGAGUACCUUGAAUCAGCCUGAUGAUUUCCCUAUAGGGAGAGAUUGUAGAUAAAUAUUCCGAUGGUCAUCCUAGCAGUGGUGAUCCAUGUGGUGUGUUUGCCUUGAAAUGGUGCAGUAUAGGAAAUUUGUUUCCAUUUCCUGUUUUAUUUUUGGCAUUUGAAUUUGUUUUCUUUCUGAAGUUCAAUAUUUAUUUUAUCAGUCAAUGCUCUGGGAAGUAGCACUUUUAUUAUCAAGUUGAUGAACUGUAAAUGUACAUAUGAGAACUUUUCCUGAAAGGUUGUACUUCCUUGAACUUCCUAAAGCUCCAGAGUGGUAGUUUUCACCUUGUUGUUCCGUAUUUAAUCUUCCUUUGUUUCUUCUCUCCCGCUCCCUUUUUUUGUUUUCUUUGAGACACAGUCCUGUUACAUAGCCCAGUGUGGCCCAGAACUUGCCAUCUUCCUGCCUCUGCCUCUGAGCGCUGGCGUCACAGGUGUGCAUCACCACACCUAGCUAGUUUGUUUUCUAGACUCAUGACUGUAACAUCAAACUUUUUUAGUGUCCUUUUAAACUUAUUUAUAUUUAUGCUAAAUAAUUUGUUAUACUGUAUUUGAAUAAGUGAUGUAAAAUAUAUUUGCUUUUAGAAUCAUGUGCACUGGAAAGUGUUAUAGAGUGUCUUUAAUAAAUCCUGUGA